AUGCUAAAUGAUAUCUUGCAUUCAAGUGGACACUAUGAUGUGUGGACUACUACUCUCGUAAUUGGUAUCACAAUAGCCCUGGCGUGGUCAUGCACUUUGUUACUGUUCUACACACAUUUUGAUCAGUUAGCAAGCUACCCAGGGCCAAAGAUUGCACGUUCCACUCGGCUUUGGUAUGCGGUACAUCUCUUUCGCGGAACAUUGCUUCAAGAACUCCUGAAAGCCCAUAAAAAGUACGGACAUGUGGUUCGUAUUGCGCCAGAUGAGCUGUCGUAUAUUUGCCCUGAAGCAUGGGACGAUAUAUAUGGAAACGAAGUCGUUCCGGAAAUGACUAGAGACCCCCGAUUCAUUCAGGAUGUGGGCGGGCCAGGGCAAUCAUUACUGAACGUCACCAAUGAUCACCAUCGUGCAAUGCGCAAGAAGCUGGCACAUGGAUGCUCAGCCGAGUCUCUCCGGGAUAUGGAAUCCAUCCGAACAUCUUAUGUGGACUUCCUCAUCCAACGACUUUCUGAAAAUUCGCAAAUUGGAGAGGUAUUGGAUCUUGUCAAGUGGUACUCGUUCUUCGCCUACGACAUCCAAUGUGACUUGGCAUUCGGGACGAGCUUCAAAUGUCUCGAGACAUCGAGCCUUCACCCAUGGAUUAAAAUAAUGAAGGAAUUUGACAAAAUCGACCCCUUCUUCAGAGCGGUCACAUAUUUUCCAUGGGUGAUGAAAUUGAUACGAUAUCUGACACCGCGAUAUGUGCUGGAUAUGGAAGGAAAGCUCGCAGCGAUGUCGAUAGAAAAGGCCAAAGGGCGAAUGGCGAGACCUGCUGGACGGCCGGACUUGCUCGAGCACUUUAUCCAGACUACAGAGGCCGUGAGCGAGGCUGAUAUUUGUUCUAAUGGGGUGGCAAUGAUAGCAGCAGGGGGUGACACGACAGCGACUUUGCUCAGUGGAACGACAUUUUUCCUACUUCAGAAUCCUCAACUGCUAACUAAAUUGUCCCUGGAACUCCGCCAGAGCUUUAAAUCCGAAAGCGAGAUUGAUCAGGCUGCCGCAGAUGGAAAUGAGCUUCUACAGGCCUGUGUUCUGGAGACACUGCGUGUAUACCCCCCGGCUGCUGUUGGGUUUACUCGAGCAGUGCCCAGGCUAGGCGCAACAAUUGCAGGAAAAUUUGUACCUGAAGGGGACGCUGGCUUGAACCAAACGACUUUCAGCAUGACAGGAAAAGCGUAUUUCGGCCAUUUGCGUGCGGCCCUUAUGGAUGCCUUGGAGAGAGGUACCAUGAACCCUGACCUAUAUACUCCCGGUUUAUACUAA